AUGUCUGUACAGCGCUGUGUUGAUGAUCUGACCAAAAUCAUAAGCGACGCACCAGGUAAACUGGCACGAUGUCUCCCAUCAGAUUCAUUCUGGAACAUGAUGAUUGUAAUUUCAUGUGUUAUUGCAAUUUCCCUAGAUCCCUUGUUCUUAUACAUUCCAUUCAUCGAUGAGGGAAAGAGAUGCCUUGGAAUGGACACAAGGUUGUGGAAUGUGGCACUGAUUUUGCGAUCUCUAACGGAUAUCACUUUCGUGGUGGAUAUUGGAUAUCAAAUCUAUGAAGGGCUUAAUCAAGCCUACAAGGAGAUCAACGGAAGGAAGUCGGACUGGCAAAAGGAUUGGCAACCGACGUUAAUAAGAAGAGAUGAGAUAAUUCCAUUUGCUAAGAUUUUCGCUCGGGAUUUGACGUGGUGUCCUUUGGUGACUGACCUUCUCUCUGCUUUUCCCAUGCCACAACUUCUAAUGAAUGUUUUUUUCAAAAUGUGGUGGUCGGGAUAUUCAGAACCGAGAAAGAUUGUCAAUUUUUUUCUUCUCAUCCAAUAUCUGCCAAGAAUUUAUCGAAUUAUCUUAGCUUCUUCCGAACUUACAAGGACCAUCAAAAUAUGGAUCAAAUCUCUAUUCAAUUUCUUUUUAUACCUUCUUGCUAGCCAUGUUAUUGGAGCCUUUUGGUACUUCUAUUCCAUUGAACGAGAGACCUUAUGUUGGCACCAGGCUUGUCAAAAUCAAAUAGAUCCCGAGAGAUGCAUGAGUACCUUUUAUUGUGAUCGUGACAAUUCUGCCCAACCAAAUAUCACAUUUUUUGAUGAACAUUGCAACAUAGAUGUUCCAUACAAUGCUACAGAGCCGUUUAAGUAUGGAAUAUUUCUUGAUUCGCUUAAGUCUGGUAUUGCGGGGAAUAAUUAUGAUUUCCACACGAAGUUAUGCUACUCUUUCUGGUGGGGUCUGAGAAAUUUGAGCAACUUUGGCACGAAUCUCGCGACAAGUCAUUCUAUGUGGGAAAACUUGUUUGCAAUUCAAAUUUCUCUCACUGGCUUGCUAUUAUUUGUAUAUCUCAUUGGAAAUGUUCAGACAUUCAUUCAGAUGAGAACCACACAAUCUGAGGAAAUUAGGAAGAAGAUUGAAUUUAAAAAAGAAGCGACAGACAUGUGGAUGGAGAAAAAUGCCAUUCCUGAUGAUGAAAGGAAGGAAAUCAGGAAAAUGAUAAAAAGAAGCGACAGACACCUGGAAGGGGACAAAGAUUCUGUUUUGGAAAAUCUCUUCAAUGUUGUUCCCGGUUAUAUGCAAAAAUUCCUAAAGCAUUUUCUCUGCAUGAAAAUUCUAAAAGAGGUUGAUCUCCUUCAACUUAUGGAUGACAGUGUGCUGAAAAUGAUGUGCGACUGUCUGAAGCCAGUGACGUACGCAGUAGAUCACAUCAUAUUUCCAAAGGAGCACCCAAUUGAUCGCAUGCUUCUCAUUAUAGAAGGCACUGUAUUGACCUACAGCAUAACUCCUAUUCCUAGCCUUACACCUGGUGAAGAAAAAGAUUCUGGUGCUGCCCCAUCCCCAUUCCCCAUCAAUGGCCACCAAGCAACUUGGGAAAGGUGGUGUUUAUGGAGAAGAGCUUCUGACGUGGGCAUCGCCCAAGAAAACUGGGAUUGA